AGGACCAUCACCAUAACCCACCGGACAAGGCAGGCAGAAAAAUCCCACAGUUUAACAAUGUAACUGAAGCCAAAAGCAUUUCACAUUCCAGCUGUGUGCAGAACACCACUCUUAACUCUGCUCACUUAAAACAAAAACAACGAAGUUUACCGAGGACUUGCCAUUUGUUCAAGUUCAUUUUUUUUUUAAAAUGGCCAUUUGGCAACAUUUUUCUUCUCUAUCCCACGCACUCUCUUCCCAUUUAACCUUCGACCACAGAACUCGAGAGAAACGAAACGGGUCCUCUUGAUCCUUUGAAGACUGGACCUUCAUCUCACGCCCCAAAACUUCUCCCUUCCGAGCUAAAGAUGCCAAAGACCUCGCGCGGCACCUUCGCACAAAAACCCCUCGCUUUCCGAAAACUUGGGUGAUUUGCAAAAGUAGCGCGCGGGGGAGACGGCGUGCCGACGGCCGCGUUUCUAACAAAGGCGAAACUUUCGGAAAGCCUCUCCGCAUCGCUCCUCGGCCGCUCCCGGGCCGAUUUCACCCGAAGUUCCCAGCCGCGAAGACUGGCAAGACGGCGCCCUCCUCUGCCGCCGGUGUCACCCGACCUGGGGUCAGAUACCAGCAUCGGAGCGAGGAAAGAAAGGGCGGGCCCAGGCUCUGAUGAUGUCAGCUUGAGAAGAGAAAGGGAGCGAGCGAGUACGCAGCAGGAGGAGGAGGAGGAGGAGGGAGAGCGGCUGUUCCGGGUCAGACACUGGAAUGGGAGGGAAAAAAAAAAAAACACCCUUCCCAAAGGUGCCUCAGGCUCCAGCCAGCAGCCAGCCAGUGCCUUCGGAAGCCAGCCCGGGACUUGCGAGUUGACGCUGCCACCGGUGCAACCAGAAGCUCCCGGUAAGAAGCAAUCGGAGGAAGAUUUCUGCAGCCCCUUGUCUUCUUUGCUCCCCGAGCAAUUGCCGCUUGGCUCUUUCGGCGACUGCACAAGGCGCUGAAAGGGGGGAGAAAGUGCCUCCCUCAGUCGCCCGUCCUCCUCGGAUCGAUUUCAGAAGCCGCCUUCCUUCUGCCUCUCGGGGACGAAUUGCGAGGACGAGGCGGAGCAGAGGGCGCCAGGGAAGGGCGGCCGUGGGGAGACGGCUUCAGAGCACGGCGUCGGCGAGGUUGCUAAGGGGCGGGCUCGGCCAGCCACCCCCUCGGCCCCGCGGGUCUCCCAGGGCAGACGCGGAACGCGCCCUUCAGACGAGGAGCAGAGCCGAAAGAGCCGGCGGCGCGCGCCUCCCCUGCCCUGCGCGGCUUCGGCGGGUGUCUGGCAGGCGGAGGGAGGCGGGCGAGCGGGCGGGCGUUGUUGCUCCGCCGCUUCGCCGCCGCUAUGUUUCAUUGCAUCCCGCUGUGGCGGUGCAACCGUCAUGUGGAGGUGAUCGAUAAGCGCCACUGCUCGCUGGCCGCCGUGCCGGAGGAAAUCUACCGCUACAGCCGCAGCUUAGAAGAACUCCUGCUGGACGCCAACCAGCUGCGAGAACUGCCCAAGCCUUUUUUUCAACUUAUAAAAUUACGAAAACUUGGGCUUAGCGAUAAUGAAAUCCAGCGACUUCCGCCAGAGAUAGCAAACUUCAUGCAGCUGGUGGAACUUGAUUUGUCUCGAAAUGAUAUUCCUGAAAUCCCUGAAAGCAUCUCAUUUUGCAAAUCAUUACAGAUAGCAGACUUCAGUGGAAAUCCUCUUACAAGGUUGCCUGAAACUUUUCCUGAAUUACAGAAUUUAACAUGUCUCUCUGCGAAUGACAUCUCUCUUCAAUCAUUACCUGAAAAUAUUGGAAACCUCUAUAACCUGGCGUCACUGGAAUUAAGGGAGAAUCUAUUAACAUAUUUACCUGAGUCAGUUGCCCAGCUGCAGAGACUAGAAGAACUAGAUUUAGGAAAUAAUGAACUUUAUAAUUUGCCAGGAACUAUAGGUGCACUUUUUAACCUUAAAGACCUCUGGUUAGAUGGAAACCAGUUGGUGGAAAUACCUCAGGAAAUAGGAAACCUGAAAAACCUGCUGUGUCUGGAUAUCUCUGAAAACAAACUGGAAAAGCUACCUGAAGAGAUAAAUGGCCUGACCUCUUUAACUGACCUCCUCAUCUCUCAGAAUAUCCUUGAAAUGUUACCAGAUGGUGUAGGAAAGUUAAAAAAGCUAUCCAUCUUGAAGGUUGACCAGAAUAGGCUUACUCAGUUAACAGAAGCUGUAGGAAACUGUGAAUGUCUUACAGAAUUAGUUCUUACAGAAAAUCAGCUGCUGACUUUGCCAAAGAGCAUUGGAAAACUAAAGAAGCUGAAUAUAUUGAACGUUGACCGAAAUAAACUUUUAUCUUUACCUAAAGAGAUUGGUGGAUGUUGCAGCUUAAAUGUCUUUUCAGUUCGGGACAAUCAGUUAUCUAGGAUUCCACCGGAGAUAUCGCAUGCCACAGAGCUUCAUGUUCUUGAUGUAGCUGGAAACAGGUUGAUACAUCUUCCCAUGUCACUGACUAGCUUGAAACUGAAAGCUUUGUGGUUGUCUGAUAACCAGUCUCAGCCUUUGCUUACCUUCCAGACAGAUACAGACCCUGAAAUGGGAGAGAAAAUUUUAACAUGUGUUUUACUUCCUCAAAUGCCUUCUGAGCCUACUUGCCAAGAUAACCUUCCCCGGUGCGGCGCAUUGGAGAACUUGGUAAAUGAAAUGUCAGAUGAAACGUGGAAUGAACGGGCAGUAAACAGAGUCAGUGCAAUUCGCUUUUUAGAUGAUGAAAAAGAUGAAGAAGACAAUGAGAUGCGGACACUCCUAAGGCGAGCCACUCCACACCCUGGGGAAUUAAAGAACAUGAAAAAGACAGUGGAGAAUUUACGGAAUGAUCUGAAUGCUGCUAAAGGACUGGAUUCAAACAAAAAUGAGGUCAAUAAUGCCAAUGACAGAGUGACCACUUCUGUGUAGAGCCUCACAUCCUGCAGAUUGUUGCUCCUGUGUCUUCUCUCCGCUGUCGAAACAUUUACUGUUGCAUCCUGGAAAUGCCAUCCAUCCAACCCUCCUCAUAUGUAUUUGACCGACGAUCCAAUUCAUCUUGUCCUUGUGUCAUUUCUUGGGAAGGUGCUUCUUGGCGGAAGAAAAGUGCCUGAUUUCAUUCCAAGCAUUUGAACAGAGCACAAGUGCACUGAGCAAAGUUCUUUGCUGUCAUGUCUCCUCCCAUUUGUCUGUCAGUGACUUUCCACUGUUGUCAUUCCCAUAAAUGUUAAGCUGUUGAUUUCUGGGUUUUUGGAUAAGGGAAAUACACUAUUAUAGAACCGUGGUUGGUUUUCUACUAAGAUAAUCUCCUCAAAUUCCUUCAUGGCUGAACUAUUUAUAUGGCUGUUUGACUUAUCAUGAAAAUAACUAGUUCUGUGGAGAAAUUAUACUUUUACCUCCUGGGCAGCUCAGAUGAUGUAAAUUUUAUAAUUUUGUAUAGAAGUUUCAUAACAAAAAAACAGAUUAUGUUUUUAAAAGAAAAUU